GUGUGUGUGUGUGCGCGCACAUACGAGAUUAAGACUUAGAGAAGCAGGGUGGGGAGGAGAGAUCCUGAGAGAGAGAAAGGAAGAAAGAAAAGAAGAGAGAAUGGAGCGAGGGAGGGAAAGGGGAUGGAAGAGGAAGGAGGGAGGACCGUUUCAUAGCUGCUAAGAUUGCAGACAGAAAUAGCUUGCAACCACCCUGAGCUGUAUGCUACUCAGAAACCAAGACCAAAUUCUAUCCAUUUCUAUCAAUCAGUUGUUCGGGAAGAAAGAAAUGACAUCUGGUCCUGUCUUCUUCUACAUCUUGGUUAUUGGAAAAUAUUUUGCUCACGGGAGUGGACAGGAUGUCAAGUGUUCCCUUGGCUACUUCCCCUGUGGGAAUAUCACAAAGUGCCUACCUCAGUUUCUUCACUGUAACGGUGUGGAUGACUGUGGAAAUCGGGCCGAUGAGGACAACUGUGGAGACAACAAUGGAUGGCCUAUACAACUUGACAAAUAUUUUGCAAAUUACUUCAAAAGGACUUCCCUGAAUCCCUUGGAGACAGAAACAUCUGAAUGCUCUUUUUGUUUCUUUCUUCUCGUUGCCCUCUUCUUCCUGGUCCCUCACUGUCAUCAUUUCUUACUGCCUUCUCUUUAUUCAGUGGUCAGUUCUGUGCCCAUGAAAUGUCUUUGCCGAGGUCUAGAGCUUGGCUGUGAUGAAGCCAACUUGCGAGCUGUCCCGUCAGUUUCUUCAAAUGUGACUUUAAUGUCACUUCGGCGGAAUUUAAUAAGAAAGCUUCCUCCUGAUGGCUUCAAGAAGUACCUUGAUCUUCAGAAGCUAUAUCUGCAAAACAAUAAAAUUAGAUCUGUAUCCAUGUAUGCUUUCAGAGGGCUGCACAAUCUUACUAAACUAUAUCUCAGUCAUAACAGAAUAACCUUCUUGAAGCCGGGUGUUUUUGAAGAUCUCCACAGAUUAGAAUGGCUGAUAAUUGAAGAUAAUCACCUCAGUCGAAUUUCCCCACUAACAUUUUAUGGACUAAAUUCUCUUAUUCUCUUAGUGCUGAUGAAUAACGCCCUCACUCGUCUGCCUGAUAAACCUCUUUGCCAGCACAUGCCAAGGCUAGAUUGGCUGGACUUUGAAGGCAACCAUAUCCAUAAUUUAAGAAAUUUGACUUUUAUUUCCUGCAGUAGUUUAACUGUUUUGAUAAUGAGGAAAAAUAAAAUAAAUCACUUAAGUGAAAAUACUUUCGCAUCUCUCCAGAAACUAGAUGAAUUGGAUUUAGGAAAUAAUAAGAUUGAAUAUCUUCCACCACAUGUGUUUAAGGAUCUGAAGGACCUCUCACAAUUGAAUCUUUCCUAUAACCCAAUCCAGAAAAUCCAAGGAAACCAAUUUGAUUAUCUUGUCAAACUCAAGUCUCUCAGCUUGGAAGGAAUUGAAAUUUCAAAUAUCCAACAAAGGAUGUUUAGACCUCUUAGGAAUCUCUCCCACAUAUAUUUUAAGAAAUUCCAGUACUGUGGAUAUGCACCUCACGUUCGCAGCUGUAAACCAAACACCGAUGGGAUUUCAUCUGUAGAGAAUCUCUUGGCAAGCAUUAUUCAGAGAAUAUUUGUCUGGGUUGUAUCGGCAGUGACAUGCUUUGGAAACAUCUUUGUUAUUUGUAUGCGACCUUAUAUCAGGUCUGAAAAUAAGCUGCACGCCAUGUCAAUCAUUUCUCUCUGCUGUGCUGACUGCUUAAUGGGAAUCUAUUUAUUUGUGAUUGGAGCCUUCGACCUAAAGUUUCGUGGAGAAUACAAUAAGCAUGCACAGCUGUGGAUGGAGAGCGUUCAUUGCCAGCUUGUGGGAUCUUUGGCCAUUCUGUCCACAGAAGUAUCCGUUUUACUUUUAACUUUUCUGACAUUGGAAAAAUAUAUUUGCAUUGUAUAUCCUUUUAGAUGUUUAAGACCUGGAAAAUGCAGAACAAUUACGGUUCUGAUUCUCAUUUGGACUACUGGAUUUAUAGUGGCUUUCGUUCCAUUGAGCAAUAAGGAAUUUUUCAGAAACUACUAUGGCACCAAUGGAGUGUGUUUUCCUCUUCAUUCAGAAGAUACAGAAAGUACUGGAGCCCAGAUUUAUUCAGUGGCAAUUUUUCUUGGUAUUAACCUGGCAGCAUUUAUCAUCAUAGUUUUUUCCUAUGGAAGCAUGUUUUACAGCGUUCAUCAAAGUGCCAUCACAGCAACCGAGAUACGGAAUCAAGUUAACAAAGAGAUGAUGCUCGCCAAGCGGUUUUUCUUUAUUGUAUUUACUGAUGCAUUAUGCUGGAUACCCAUUUUUAUACUGAAAUUUCUUUCACUGCUUCAAGUAGAAAUACCAGGUACCAUAAACUCUUGGGUAGUGAUUUUUAUUCUGCCUAUCAACAGUGCUUUGAAUCCAAUUCUCUAUACUCUGACCACAAGACCGUUCAAAGAAACGGUCCUUCAGGUUUGGGAUAACUACAGACAAAGGAGGUCUAUUAACAGCAGAGACAGUCAGAAAACAUAUGCUCCAUCGUUUAUCUGGGUGGAAAUGUGGCCCCUGCAAGAGAUACCAUCUGAGUUAAUGAAGCCAGCUCUUUUCACAGACCCCAGUGAAAUGUCACUGAUUUCUCAAUCAGCUAGACUCAAUUCCUAUUCAUAAAGGACUCUGAAAGCCAUCUCUUCACAGAAUACUGGGGGGGGAGGGGGGGUUUCAUCAUGGAUUUACUGGUAUGAAAUGAAUAUCACAAAAUCAACAGUUUAUAAUAAUAACCAGGAUAAAUUAGUUUACAAGGACACAAGGUUGUUAUUUGGGAAAAAAUAAAAGUAACUGAUGCCCAUGUCAAGGGAAUAAAAUUAUAUUGAUAAUGUGUAUAUACCAGUACAUAUUUUGCUAGGAAAUGAAGAGAAAUGUACUUCUGAAAAAGUCAUUCAUUCUUUUAGCACACAUUUACUGUGCACCCACUAUGUGUAUGCACUCAGUAAUAUCCUGGAAGUAGACAGUACAGAACCUUUUCAAUUUGCAAAGUAAAAUUGUGUUUAAUUACAACAGAAUAUACAAAUUCCAUCUACAGCUCCUAGUAUUAGGUAGAGCUUUGUGUGCCAUACAUAGCAGCAAACAUAAGAAUCAUAGGCAUUUUUAAAUAAAGGCUUUUUAAAUAUACAUAUUGAAUACUCAAUUUAAUAACAUCAGAGAAAAUGUAUGAUUGUUUGCAAAAUACAAAAAUUGUUUUAAGAAACCAUCUCAUCUCCUCGAGUCUCCAUACACUGGAGAACCAAUACAACAUAUUUAUUACUGUUAAAAAAACGAUGCUUUGAUAUGAAUUCAAAACAGCAUUUCUACGUCACUUCCUGUCCAGUUGUCUUUCUGCUUUAAGUGAGCACCAUCAUAUGGGAUUGCAAUAGGAAAGCACAAGCAUUGCAACUGAGUGAAUCAAAACAGCCAGAAUGAGGAUCGAUAGAUACAUAGAUCAAUGGAAUAUAACUGAGAGUCUGAAAUAAAACCUGACAUUUACAGUCAAUUGAUUUUUGACAAGGGUCCCAAGAUAAUUAAAUGGGGGAAGAAACAGCUUUUACAACAAAUGGAUAUUCACAUGCAAAAGUAUGAAGUUUGACCCCUACCUCAUACUAUAUACAAAAAUUAAACCAAAAUGGGUCAAAGACCUAAAUGUAUAAACUAAAACUAUAAAAUUCUUAGGAGAAAACAUAGGAGUAAAUCUCUGUAACCUUGAAUUAGGCAACAGAUUCUUCCAUAUGACGCCAAAAGC